GAUCCUUCGCUGCUAUAUAUAUACCCAGAGCUACAAAAGUUAGGGUAUAAAAAGCCCCAAAAUUUCUCCGCUCCAAAACACAUAAAUCGACGCAACGUUAGCGAGACAGACAGAACAGAAAAGAAGAACCUCUGAGCCAAAACAUAGCCACCCAAUUUAUCGUGUGCUUUGAAGAAGAAUAAUGGCGACGUUUGAGCUUUAUAGAAGGUCCACGAUCGGAAUGUGUCUGACUGAGACUUUGGAUGAGAUGGUUCAAAAUGGUACACUCAGUCCCGAGCUUGCUAUUCAGGUUCUAGUCCAGUUCGACAAGUCUAUGACAGAAGCUCUGGAAUCACAAGUCAAGAGUAAGGUCACCAUUAAGGGUAUGCUUUUGUUUUUCCAGAAUAUAGAGCAGUUUAAUGUUGUUUCAUCAGGUGAGGGUCCCCAAAUGUUGUAUGGAUUAAUUCAAGAGGUGCUUUGACUCUAUUUUCAGAUAAUGCAAAAGGUGGUUGUGUAGAGCAGCAGAGUAAUGAGGUAUUCUUAACAGGCUAUGCCACUACAUUCUUAACAAAAUAUGUUGAUAAGUUUAAUUUUACUUCUCGUAGUAAUGUUUUGUGCUUUUCCCCAUUAAGCAAACUAACAAAUGCAUGAUAUAGACUUACUAUCUCAGCCUUAUUUAUUAAAUUUCUUCUGGGAAGUCUCCAUAUUCACAAAAAGAGAGCAAUGGAACAAGGCAAACUCUUGCUGUCUUUAGGAACUAAUUUCUUUGGAAUUGGGUGAGGGGAAAGGUAGGAAUGUAAUGUAGCCUGGACAUAACUUUUCAAGAUGGUAUUGGUUGUUGUUGUCUGCAUGGGGACAACGUUUCUUAUUGAUUACCACCCAGUGUAGCAUUGUCAUGUGCAUACUUAAUUUCUGUACAAUUUAAUUAUACUGGUAAACCAAAGAAACUAGAUCUUGGUUCAUUUUAGGAGGCACCUUGACUAUUUUUCUCUAGCUUUUACUUUCUUUUUUAUUAGCUGAAGUCAUCUAUUGCCUUUAUACUAGUUCUUUGAAUUUCUAUGUUAAUAUUCAUCUGUGGUUAAAAAAGAGUUGAGAGGUGAGGCCCAAUGAUUCUCACCUGUUUUUUUCCUUUGAAUUUUGUGAUCUACCCUUGUGUUAAGCAACGAGGUCAUAAUUCGUCCCCAAGUUGACUCUUUUAUCUUGAGUUUUUUCAAGAUGUCAGAGUAUUGGAGUGUAAAAUAUGUGGGAAUUUUGACAUGCUUAUGUUUUGGUCCUCCACAGGGACAUCUGCACACCUACAGAUUCUGUGACAACGUUUGGACCUUCAUCUUACAGGAUGCAUUGUUUAAGAA